UUUGAGCUUGAAGAAGGACGGGGCAAACUUGACACAGGACUUGGGAAGGACUGACUUCGAGCUUGUGAGCUUUUUAAAGAAAUCAGUGGAGAUCACUGAGAGCUGUGUGUGGUUGGGGGUGUGUUCCUGUGUAUUUGGGCGAAAGCCAUAGGAACUUUACUUCCAUAGCGUGAUCCUGCAGCUGCCAGUCAGUCAUCAGUCGGAAGAAUGCUAGAACAUUGCCUCACAUUUGGUCGCUCCCUUGUGAGGAGGAAGAAUGUGGACCAGGGCUGUCUGGAGGAGUCCAAGCUGUGCCGCUGCCUCUCAACUGUUGAUCUCAUUGCUCUGGGGGUUGGAAGCACACUGGGGGCCGGUGUCUAUGUACUCGCUGGAGAGGUGGCCAAAGGCAGUUCCGGCCCCAGCAUCGUUGUGUCCUUCCUCAUCGCUGCAUUAGCAUCUGUGAUGGCUGGUUUGUGCUAUGCUGAGUUUGGUGCCCGGGUACCCAAGACUGGCUCUGCCUAUCUGUACAGCUAUGUGACGGUAGGGGAGCUCUGGGCCUUCAUCACCGGGUGGAACCUCAUUCUGUCAUACGUUAUCGGCACCUCCAGUGUGGCACGUGCCUGGAGUGGGACAUUUGAUGAGAUAAUAGGCGGUCACAUUGAGAAAUUCUGCAAAAUGUACUUCAAAAUGAGUUUGCCUGGCCUGGCGGAGUACCCUGAUUUCUUUGCUGUUUGCCUGAUCUUACUUCUGUCAGGCCUUCUCUCCUUUGGGGUGAAGGAAUCCGCCUGGGUCAACAAAAUCUUCACAGCAGUAAAUGUGCUUGUGCUCAUGUUCGUUAUCAUCUCUGGAUUUGUCAAAGGAGACUCUCUCAAUUGGAACAUAUCAGAGGAAUCGCUCGUAAAUAUCACAGUUGUCAAAAGAAACAUCUCGGGUGCUGCUAAUGUCACCAGCGAUUAUGGGGCAGGAGGCUUUUUUCCGUAUGGAUUUGGCGGAACGUUGGCUGGUGCGGCCACCUGCUUUUACGCCUUUGUGGGAUUCGACUGUAUUGCAACCACAGGUGAAGAGGUGAAGAAUCCCCAGAGGGCCAUUCCCAUUGGCAUAGUGGUUUCCCUUCUGGUCUGCUUCCUUGCCUACUUUGGUGUUUCAGCAGCCCUCACCCUCAUGAUGCCCUACUAUCUGCUGGAUGAGAAGAGUCCUCUACCUUUGGCUUUUGAAUAUGUAGGCUGGGGGCCUGCGAAAUAUGUAGUUGCGGCAGGAUCACUUUGUGCUCUUUCAACCAGCCUGUUGGGCUCAAUGUUCCCCCUACCCCGCAUUCUGUUUGCCAUGGCACGAGAUGGCGUGCUAUUCAGAUUUCUUUCCAAACUGAGUAAGCGCCAGUCGCCAGUGGCUGCCACUAUGGCAGCAGGCACUACCGCGGCUAUCAUGGCUUUUCUGUUCGACUUGAAAGCGCUGGUGGAUAUGAUGUCUAUUGGAACAUUGCUGGCUUAUUCCCUUGUGGCUGCUUGUGUUCUUAUACUCAGAUAUCAGCCAGAUGCUUCGUUCGAGAGGUCGAGGAUCAGUGAAGGGAAGGAGGAGGUCGGAGAGUCUGAACUGACAGAGUCUGAGUCUCAUCUGAACAUGCUGAAGGAUGGAGGAGUAACGCUGCGCUCUCUGCUCCAUCCUCCACUGCUGCCCACUGAAAAUACCUCCAGUGUGGUCAACGUGUCUGUCAUCAUCACAGUGCUGGUUGUGUGUGUUGUGAGCACACUGAACACAUACUACGGACAAGCCAUUAUUGCAAUGGAGCUUUGGGCACUGGGAGUAUUAGCUGCAUCACUGUUCAUCUUCAUCAUAUGUGUCUUUCUUAUUUGUAGACAACCACAAACAAGGAAGAAGGUUUCCUUUAUGGUUCCUCUUUUGCCCUUUCUACCCAUCUUGAGUAUAUUUGUCAAUGUGUACCUCAUGGUUCAGCUCAGCGGAGACACGUGGAUCCGUUUCUCCAUCUGGAUGGCCAUAGGUUUUCUCAUCUAUUUCGGCUAUGGAAUGUGGCACAGUGAUGAACGCAAGCGGCAUCUACAGAACUGUGCUGUCGCAACAGAGAAAAAGACACUGACCGGAAAUGAAGGCUUUGUGGAGAACAAGACACACACAGAGAAGACCAGCCCAUGCUAAAGAGCAGAAGACCAACUCUCACUUUAACUAUAGCUGUUAUUCACAGCGUUCCCCAGCCGGCUGACAGACGUAAGCUCUGUGCUUUCAGUCACUGCCGUCAUGAACAAUUACUGAAACACUUCUCACUGCUGAUGUGAGCUUAUAAUGUAGUACAGUAGGUCAUUAGGGGGGUACGAUCUGACAAAACCAAUGCUUCGAUUAUAGAAAUGACCCUCAAUAUAAUGAAAAUCAAUAUAAAUUGUCAUAAACAACAAUUUAGUCAAUGACUUAUAUUCAUGGUAGUUUCCGAUAAUAAUGAAUAGUGACCAAAUGAUUUUUGUAUACUUGGAUUUCUCAUCGCAAUAUUUAGAACUUUUUAAAUAGCAUUGAAGGGCUGUCAAAUAUUUACAAUCCCUUGAAGACAAACCUCAGCAUGUGAGUGAUUUGAUUUCAGUGUUUGGAUGAGAAAGGGAAAGCUUGUGGCUUUUUUUCAUUACAAAAAAGUAUUAUGAUUUCUGCAGUCAGUCUCUCAAGUUUACUUUUACUGUGAAAGUAAAUAUAACAACAGUAAUAUUUUACUACAGUAUUCUUAGUUGGGAGAAAUAAGUGUAAAAUGAUAAGUGUCCUUAUCGAAUGUGGGAUAUUAACACUUUAAAAAAUAUUUGUAAAUGGACAGUUUUCCCUAUUUUGAGAUUUAUGUUUUUCCCCUCUUAUUUAUGCUUUUGAAUUGCAUUAUUGGACCUUAAUUUUUACUUCAAAAGAUUUGGAUGAAAAUUUGUCCAAAAAAAAGUCAAUAAAAUUCACUUUGGUAAACUGUAGAAUUUAAUUUUCAACAUAAAAAGUGGACAGAGCUGAGAUAAAACUCACAUAAUGCAAUUCACAACCGUAAAUAAACAUAAAACAACAGAUGAAUAAUUAACAGAUUUUUUUCAGUGCAAAUAAUGGUCUAACUUUGAUUUAGAAUUAAUUCUAUUGACUACAUCUUUCUGAAUGUGCCAGAGAUGUUAAGCUGCUCAGA